AUGCAGUUUGAUCCUGUUGUUGUCGAGCAGUUAAUUCUUUGCUGCCAAUGUGGGACCGCCAUUGCCCCAAACCCUUCGAACAUGUGCAUUAAUUGCAUUCGAAAUGAAGUUGAUAUUACUGACGGCAUUCCAAAGCAAGCUACUUUACAGUUUUGUCGCAAUUGUGAGAGAUAUUUACAACCACCAAAUAUAUGGAUCCGUGCUGAAUUAGAGAGCAGAGAGUUGUUAUCUCUUUGCCUCAAAAAAUUGAAGGGUUUGAAUAAAGUCAAGCUUAUUGAUGCUGGUUUCAUAUGGACUGAACCACAUUCAAGAAGGAUUAAAGUUAAAUUAACUGUUCAGAAAGAGGUUUUCAUAUCAACAAUGAUACAACAAAUUACCGAAGUAGAGUUCAUAGUUAAUUAUCAACAAUGUGGUGACUGCACACGUCUCAUGGCAAAAAAUACUUGGCAAGCAAUGGUCCAAGUCAGACAAAAAGUCAAUCAUAAACGGACUUUUUUGUUCUUAGAGCAGCUUAUUCUUAAACACCAUGCUCACAAAGAUACAAUCAAUAUUAAAGAAGUCAAAGAUGGACUUGACUUUUUCUAUGCACACAGAUCUCAUGCUGUCAAAAUGGUCGAAUUUCUAAACGCUGUUGUUCCAAUUAAAACAAAGUCUUCUGAGCGAUUGAUUUCGACUGAUAUUCAUAACAAUACAUCUAAUUAUAAAUUUACUUAUUCUGUGGAGAUUGUUCCUAUAUGUAAAGAUGAUUUAGUUUGUUUACCAUUAAAGAUUGCGCGUUCUUUGGGCAACAUUAGCCCAUUAGUUCUUUGUUACCGUGUUGGAAAUUCAAUACAUGUAAUGGAUCCAAACACUUUGGCUGUUUCUGAAGUAUCCACAUCUAUAUAUUGGAGACAACCGUUUAAUUCCUUGGCAACAACAAAAAAUUUAGUAGAAUACUAUGUUUUGGAUGUUGAACCUUUGGGUCCUACUCGUGGCAAGUAUAUACUUGCCGAUAUUUUAGUUGCACGCUCGUCAGAUUUUGGAAAAAAUGACACUACCUUUUAUGCUCGAUCUCAUCUCGGAGGAAUUCUUAGUCCAGGCGACAAUGCUAUGGGAUACGAUCUUUCAUCAUCUAACUUUAACGACUUUACUUUUGAUAGUCUCAAUCAGAAUUAUCUUCCAGAUGUUGUUCUUAUAAAAAAAUCUUAUUCACAAAAACGUAGGAAAAAUAAACGUAAUUGGAAGCUAAAGUCUUUAGCAAAAGAAGAAGAAAAAUUGGAUUUAGAGAAAAUGGACCAAGAUUACGAGUUAUUCUUGCGAGAUUUGGAAGAAGAUUCAGAGCUUCGACAAAAUAUUAAUUUGUAUAAGUCUAAUAAUAAUGCUAUGGACAUAGAUACAACUGUUGAAGAGAAUAAUGAUGAGGAUGAUGAUUUCCCCGAAGUAAAAUUAGAAGAGUUAUUAGAUGAGCUUACUCUCGAUGAUGAUGUCGAUCCAUAA